CAUCCGCUUUCUCGAUGCCCAAGCGAGCGUUGGAGAGCAAUGGCGGCGUGCCGGGGAUCUUCGUCGAAAUGGUUUUUCACCCGGGAGCAGCUCGAAAACACGCCGUCUCGCCGAUGUGGAGUAGAACCAGACCGGGAGCUCUCCUACCGGCAACAAGCAGCGAAUCUGAUCCAAGAUAUGGGCCAGAGACUCAACGUCUCGCAAUUAACAAUAAAUACAGCCAUUGUUUACAUGCAUAGAUUUUAUAUGCACCACUCUUUCACCAAAUUCCAUAGAAAUAUAAUCUCUCCAACCACCUUAUUCUUGGCCGCAAAAGUGGAAGAGCAACCACGGAAACUCGAACAUGUGAUUAAAGUUGCACAUGCUUGCCUGAAUCCCCAAGAACCGCCUCUAGACACGAAAAGCAAUGCAUACCUCCAGCAAGCUCAAGAGCUGGUGAUACUUGAAUCCAUAGUGCUGCAGACCCUGGGCUUUGAAAUUACUAUUGAUCACCCACACACUGAUGUGGUGAAAUGUUCCCAGCUAGUGCGAGCAAGCAAGGAUCUGGCACAGACUUCCUAUUUCAUGGCUACCAACAGUCUACACCUCACUACCUUCUGCCUCCAGUACAAGCCCACAGUGAUCGCCUGUGUGUGCAUCCACCUGGCAUGUAAAUGGUCCAACUGGGAGAUCCCAGUUUCCACGGACGGAAAACACUGGUGGGAGUAUGUGGACAACUCUGUCACUCUGGAGCUGCUUGAUGAGUUGACCCAUGAGUUUCUGCAGAUUCUGGAGAAGACUCCCAGUCGGUUGAAGAGGAUACGCAACUGGAGGGCAACACAAGCUGCCAAAAAGCCCAAGACUGAGGGCGCUCAGUUGACGGACAACUCCUUUGCUGGGCCUUCCAUGCUCCAAGAUCAAGGUGAUGCCUCACUCCUUGGAGUCUCCUCCAACCCAAGUUUUUCCAAAGCAGGCGGCGCCUUCCCCGUGCCUAUACCUGGCCACGCUGGAGGUGCACCGCUGUCUCUGGACACCUUAACUGGCACAUACAAUCCAGCUAGCCACAGUGAGUGGCCCCAGGGCAGUCAGGGCCUAGCAGGGUACCCUUCCACCUGUAUAAAACAGGAACCUCUCAGCAUCCCUCUCCAAGAGCCCACACUGUCCUUGCAGACCUCCACUUCGUCUUUGCUUCAGCAUCCGCCAGUAUACAAGACUGAGAAAAUGGUAGACUUCAACCCUGUCAAACAGGAACCGAAAGGAAUUGGUGGAAGCGGAGUGGGCAAGCAUCAGCCACCACCUCAGUCUGCCUACCUUCUGCCAGCUCAGCCUCCUCCCCUUCAACCUUCUUCAGCUCCGAAGCUGUCUCUGGACAAAUACAGAGAGAAACAUGCGGCAGAGCUGGUUGUCUGUGGGCAGAAACGUGGUCAGGAACAGUAUGGAGGAGUAUUGGAUUGCGAUGUGAAGGUGGAUAUAUCGUCUUCCUCCUCUUCUACCUAUGCACCAUCCUCUACGGGCCAAGUAGACCAUAGAAAACAUUCACUGCCCCACCAAAUCCAUGGUGGUGGUGGCAGCACUGCCUCCCCAAUGAAAAUUAAAGUCCCCUCCUCAGCUUCAGGGCAAGAUAGACGUCAUCACAGUGACAAACGUGACAAAGGCUCGCUUAAACUCCGUCUGGCUGUUCCUGGGUCCAGUGGCAGCUCCCAGCUGGACAAAAGUAGUCAACCAAACAAAGAUGAGCUUAAGAUGAAGAUUAAAGUUUCAUCAUCAGAGCGCCACAGCUCAUCAGAUGAAGGCAUGGCGACCAACAACAAGAGUAAACAUUCCAGUCCUCUGGUGAGCAAGGAGAAACAACAUUAUGGAGCAGAUCACAGCCUCCACCGCCACCACAAGCACAGUCACCCUCAUCCACACACACACAGCGGGAAUGGACGAGGAGGCCCAGAGGGCCCAGGUAGCGGGGGAAGCCUUCUAAGAGGUCCUCCAGGACUGGUCAGCAUGGAAGGGGCUACACUUGCUCCUCCCGGAUCCACCUCUUUGUCGUCAUCGCGCAAGAGGGCGUACCCCGAGGCCAGCCACAACCACCACCCUUCCUCCUCAUUCUCCACUUCUUGCUCCAAAGUGAGCAAAAUCUCCAAGGGUGGCACUGGUGCUGCAGGUGGGCUGCGGACCUCUCAGCAGUACUCUCCUCCUAGUGAAUCGCCACAUGAAGUGGGAGAGCAGAGACACUGAGUCCAUCACUCUGCAGCCAUGGCCAGCACAUGGAAAUGGCAACAAACUACCCACAGUUCAGACUCUGAAGACUAUGCUCACCCCCCUGUUAAGUGCCCUAGGACAAUUAACUCUUUAUGUGAUGAUAAACCCUUUACUGAAAGGCAGAAAAAUGUAUCUGCAAAAAAAACGAAAAGUAUUGUUGGACAUCUCAAUUUCUGAGAGACAUGAAAGAUGAAAAAUUAUGCUUCCUGACUGUCAGAUCUCUGGGCUGUGAUACUCAGUCCUGUCUUUCUGUUAGUUUGUUAAAUUGCUGCUUGGUUCACCUUCCUCCUCAAAUGAGUAGGGAUGUGCAAGGGUGGGUUUGUGUGUGUUUUCAUCGGGAGGAAAGUCCUUCCUUAGAUUUCAGAUCUCCAUAUGGGAAAACAAAAGUAUUCGUAAGUACUAUAAAAGGCAUGGAAGGUGCACUUUAUUCAUUUUCCUCCAAUUUUUUUUAACGAGUAAUUUAAUAGAAUCACCUUUCUGCGGUUGUAUGGAGGAAGCCAGCUGGAGAUGAGUUCAAGUUAUGUUUGCUGGCAAUCCAUUUAGUAUUGUUGAUGGAUGCAAUUAUUUUUUUUAGGUGUGAAUCAUCUCCUCAAUUGCUUUCUUGUCUUGAUUUCUUUUUAUACUUCAGUACCGUGCGUAUGAUUUGCAUGUUUCAAUCAUCAAAGGGAUUUAAAAGGAGAACACGUACUUGCUGUUUACAGAAAGAGGAGAUAAAUGUUCAUACGUUUUUGUAUGUUUAAAGAAAAAAAUCUAUACCAUGACUACUCAGGUUUGGAGCUGCUUGUAAGUAUAAAAAGACAACUAUAAUACCUAUAAAAGACUUUUAUUUUGUUGACCAACGGAUUGGGCAUCAUCAGGUGAAUGACUGCAGCAUUCUACUGGUGUGUGCUUCUUUCAGCCUUCCUACAGAGGGCGCUGGACUGUGCUUUUCCAUUAUAGGAAAUCCGUUGAUGCCCUCAGUAACACAGGCACAUCCAACACCUACUUAUCACAUCAGAGUGAUGCAAUUUGUACCAAAAAUAAUUUUUUGGACCUCUAAGUAGACCUUAAGCUGGUUGCCAAAGGCUGUGCCUCAAAAAGAAAAACACUGACAGACAGUAGUAGUGUGCUAUUACAGUUUACUUAACCCUUUUUACUUUGAAGUGCAGACAUAAUUUCAGCUGUAGCCCUUUGAUGUCAGCCCAUGAAGGGCAUACAUGUAAGUAGUAUUCAAUCCGCCUUUAACAGUGUGCUAUUCAGACGUAACACCCUUAUUGGCUCUGUUCCAUCCCAGCAACAGUUGGCCAAACAGUGACCAGCCAUGCAACCUGAUGUGCUGGAUAUUUUUGGAAAACUCGCGUAUCUACAAUAUGGAUGUCCCUAAUAGGUUUUGUCACUGAUGUCCACAUACACUGAUUGUAUUUACAUUUACAGCCAAGUCCUUGUCUGCACACGUCUUUCCAUCACUUUCAUACAUUAAAGUCUAAAUUGUCCAAUCUUGUCACAACACUUCCCUCUAUUCUUGACUAGGUUACUCAUUUAUUUUAAGUGCAAAAUACCAAUAAGCCUGAGGCUGGACUGGUUGUACCCUCAUUAGGGAUUUACAGUAGGGCACACAGAACAAAUGCCAUUGUGGACAAACUUGCAUAAGCCACUCUUUACAUCCUUUUUUCUUUUCAUUUCUAUAUUGCAAAUAAACUUCAAAGUUUCCACUA